AUGGCUGCUCGCACUCUCGCUGUCUCGGCAACCUCGCCCCUCGCCCGCUACCGCAUUGUGGGCCCAAAUAUCGGCGCCAGAGCCUCUCCACUUCAACUCGGCAUCAUGAGUCUCGGGAAGAAGUGGGAGGGCAUGCUCGGCUCGGUUACGAAGGAGCAGGCGUUCGAGCUUCUCGACGCUUUCGUCGAGGCAGGCGGGAACUUCGUGGACACGGCGAACUUGUAUCAGGGCGAGGACAGCGAGAUAUGGUUGGGCGAGUACUUGAAGGAGCGCAAGAUUCGUGACCGCCUUAUCAUCGCGACCAAGUAUACCGGCAAUUACAGAGAGUCGGCGAUGGGCAAGAAGGAAGCGAUCCUCUACGGCGGCAACUCGCGCCGCUCACUCCACGUCUCGGUCCGCGACUCGCUCGCCAAGCUCCAGACCGACUGGAUCGACAUCCUCUACGUCCACUGGUGGGACUACACGACGUCUAUCAAGGAGAUGAUGGACUCGCUCCACAUCCUCGUCGAGCAGGGCAAGGUCCUCUACCUCGGAGCGUCCGACGUGCCCGCAUGGGUCGUCUCAGCCGCGAACCAGUACGCCAUCGACCACGGUAAGACGCCCUUCAGCAUCUACCAAGGCAGGUGGAGCGUCAUGUUCCGCGACAUGGAGCGCGACAUCCUCCCGAUGUGCCGCCAGUCCGGGCUCGCUCUCGCUCCUUGGGGCGCGAUCGGUUCCGGCCGCCUCAUGACCAAGAAGCAGCUCGAGGACCGCCUUGCGAGCGGCGAGACGAUUCGUGCACGCGGACAGCAGGCGAAGGACAAGCAGUCGGAUCUCGAGGUCAAGUACUCGGAGGUUCUCGCUGCGGUUGCCGCUGAGCACGGCAUCGAGUCUGUUACGGCCGUCGCGCUCGCCUGGCUCCUCGCCCGCGCACCGAACGUCUUCCCCAUCGUUGGCGGCCGCAAGGUCUCGCACCUGCAAGACAACAUCCAAGCGCUCAAGAUCAAGUUGACGAAGGAGCAGAUCGCCCGCAUCGACGCCGUCCAGGCGUUCGACGUUGGCUUCCCUUACAACAUGAUCGGCACGGACCCGUCGCUCGACGUCAUCUACGACCCGAAGCAGUCGAUGAUCGCGUCGGAGGAUAUCGACCAUCUUCCUGGACCCAAGCCGUUCGGGCUUGCGUAG